CGACUGCGCCUCAUGCAAGCUGCAAUGUGGUUAACAUUGGUUGGCUCCCUCCGACUGAAUAUGAUAAGUGGCUUGUGUGCCUGCUGUGAAGCAGGGGGCCAAAUCAGAGCUGUCCACGGUGUAAUCGCAUAUUCUGCUGCAGAGUGUAUAUGAAGGCAUUGCCCAUUGCGAUUACGGUUGCUCAUUGCGGGGUCCUCAGUCCAAUAUUGUUGACUUCCAUUCCCUUCUUUGAGUUGGGUUUGAUUGGCAUUCGAGCUUUGCUGCCGACGGACUGUCACUGCAUUGCAACUGUUUGCCAGUGUCGUAUAUCUGUGUAUCGUACCUACCUACCAGGUACUUGAGCCAGACAACAGCAGAACAAAUCCCAUUCAGACAUUCUUUUAGCUCUGAAAAUGCACACCCACAAGAAGUGUUGGAUCCUUGUGAAGGGCACUGAAUACAACCCCAACCGAACUUUGUCCCUUGGGCAGAUACUGAGCGACCCUUUCCAGCCGAGCCUUCCUCUUCUGCCGGACGGGCCUCUGCCUAUACCGGAGCACAUGAUCGAGCGAUCAUACCAGGAAGGCGUGAAGCAAGGCUGCUCCUUCUCGCUGGGCACAUCUUUUGGAGUCUGGGCUAGCGCGGACUUACUUCCCAUUCAAGGCAACAAUGGUGCUCAUCGACAGUCGACCAGCUCUCUUUCCUGGCAUUUCACGCAACUGGAAAGCCAGAUAUUCACUCCUCGUCUUGACUACGUUGCCGAGGCGCUAAGGUCACAAACCGUCGUAGACCAAAUCAAGCGCUCCAAGUUCAACUUCCGCAAGCGGCUCUACAUGGUCGUUGGCGUGCGCAUCGCCCGAGGGGCGGAAAAAUCCGCUCAAACAUCUCGGUCGUUCGGGCUGAAUGCAGGAAUAGGCAUCGAUCCUGCCUUUCUGGGGGGUCUGCCUAUCACAGCCGGACUGGAAGGGUCCUUCGAUCGCUCUGCGGCACAAACCGAGUCGUUUCAAGGCUCGUCGGAUUUUGUCUACGCUUACAGGCUGUUCGAGAUAUUUCACGGCAAGCAAGUCUCAUACCGGCCAUACACCCGCGGGGAGACAUACAACCUUGGACGCCGCGAGGAUGACAGUGAUGUUGAGAUGGAUGAUGGUGAAAACCAAGCAGAGGAGGAGAUACGGAUUGCUGUGGAGGGUAUUAGUGGCUCUGACUAUGCUGGAGAUGGCAAAAUGAGGCGGGUCGACUUGACAGGGUUCGAACUUGGAUCGGACGAAGAGUACUAUAUGCUUGACUAGGUCCUUGCCGUGUGUUUGUGGUGGCAUCUGACUGUGGGUCGCAUGCUCUCUCCCAUGCAGGUUGGAGAGAAGGGUUCAAGUUACAUAUUACCGGCGAAUCUGCUUCACAUCAACUCCUAGGGGACGAGUGAGAGUAGUAGGAAGGUGAAUUUGGAUUAGAGAGCAUUAGUAGUUGCUGACA